AUGGAGUUUGGGGGGGUGAAGGUAAAGUUUGAGGGGAUGGAGGUGAAGUUUAGGGGGAUGGAGGUGAAGUUUAGGGCAACAACUAAUCGGACACCUGCAAUGCUGUUCAUGAACAGACAGCUGAGAUCUCACAUUGACCUUCUGAAACCAAACCUGAGGGGAGAAGUGCAGAACAAACAGUUCAGCAGUCUUUCAAGUGGAACAGCAAGAAGCUUCGAUGUGGGACAGCAGGUACUGGCAUGUGAUUACCGAGGGGACAAGUGGACGCCUGGAAAGAUAGUCACCAGGAGCGGACCUCUGAUGUACGAAGUGGACACUGGCAAGUAUACGUGGAGACGUCAUGUGGAUCAGCUGUUGAAUGCUCGACCACAGACACCGGAGCAACCAGCACAUCCACCUGAUCCUGAACCCAACUCCGACCACAGUACAGUAACACCCACAGUUACAGAGGACGUGCCCCCUACAGAGAGCACUCCACAAGUUCCGAGACGGUUUCACAGAGGGUUAGAUAAUUUUAUUAUUGGGCUUUGUGUGUUUGCUUCAGAGAAACACUCCCUGUACUACAUUUACACCGGCCUCUCCAAAGACGUGGAUCUACCAGGAAUCUACGAGUUCACAGCUCUGGGGCUGCUGGAUGACCGAGAGAUCGACUACUACAACAGUAAGGAGCAGAAGAAGAUUCCUAAACAGAGCUGGAUGAUGGAGAAGAUGCAGGAAGAUUACUGGGAAAAAGGAACCCAGUCUCGCAAGAGUAAAGAACAGUGGUUCAAGGUCAACCUGGAUAUUCUGAUGAAGAGGAUGAACCACAGUGAUCAGGAUCUUCAUGUUCUUCAGUGGAGACACGGCUGUGAGGUCGAGGAGUCUAAUGGAGAGGUGAAGUUUCUGAGAGGGAUUAGUGAGUACGGUUAUGAUGGAUCAGAUUUUCUCUCCUUUAAUAAUUCGGACAGGGUCUGGGUCGCUUCGGUUCAAGCUGCAGAACCAACCAAGAGAAAAUGGGAUGGUGUGAACCAGAACACCCAGGGAUACCUGGAGAAAGAGUGUGUGGACUGGCUCACCAAAUUCAUGGAGUACGGAAAAGAAUCACUGAGAAAACACUCUCCUCCUGUUGUUCAUGCGUUGGCAACUAAAUCUGUUCGUGACCCAAAAAAGCUGAUUCUGACCUGCCUGGCCACGGGAUUCUACCCUAAAGACGUGGAGAUGGGUCUGACAUGGUUCCGCACUUCAAUUCCUGAUCAUGUAAUAACAUCUUCUGGAGUUAGACCCAAUGAUGAUGGAACCUACCAGCUGAGGAAGAGUUUGGAGAUACUGGAAGAUGAGAAAGCAGAUUACGACUGUUACGUGACUCACAGCUCCCUCAAGAAACCAGUGUUAAUAAAAUGGGGUAAUUAUAUCUGUGAUUGGUGA